AUGGCGGCCUUGGAGCUCGAAUGGAUCCCAGAGACACUGUACAACACUGCUAUAUCAGCAGUGGUGGACAAUUACAGUCGAUCGCGAAGAGAUAUUCGUUCCCUCCCUGAAAAUAUUCAAUUUGAUGUGUAUUACAAGGUAAGUUGUAAGUCUAGUUUGCUAACUAUACAAUGUGAUGUUCGCGAGGUGAUUCGUUUUUGCUAGCCAAUUACAGCUAACAUUGCAAACUCUUUGCAAAGCAAAUGAACUAAUUAACUUGCUUGCUAGCUAGCUAUCCUGCUUACAAGGUUAACAAUAAUAUAUAAAUAAUAUAUUCCAUUUAGCAGACGCUUUUAUCCAGAGCGACUUGCAGUCAUGCAUGUAUACAUUUUUUUUUACAUGUGGGUGGUCCCGGGAAUCGAACCCACUAUCCUGGUGUUGCAAGCACCAAAGCUGGGGAAUAAUGUUAUCUUAAGGGGGGAGAAGAAAAAUGAACAUUUUAAAAUUGAGGGUUCGUCAUAAUGUAAGUGUUUAUUAUUCAUUAUUUAUUAUGGUAAGCUGAAAAACAAGGAAAAUGUAGUGUCCCCCCCGCCUCGGCCAGAAAUAACAUUUGUAAUUUGUAAACGAAAUAACAGUUCUAAAGAACCACCAAAAGUGUUAAUUUUUUGAAUUUAAGAGUCAAUGGAACGAUUAUGGUAGCAUAAUCAAAUCAAACUUUAUUCAUUACAUGUACCGAAUACAACAGGUGUAGACCUUACCGUGAAAUGCUUACUUACAAGCCCUUAACCAACAAUGCAGUUCAACAAAGAGUUAAGAAAAUAUUAACCAAAUAAACUAAAGUAAACAAUUAUAAAAAAGUAACACAAUAAAAUAACAAUAACGAGGCUAUAUACAGGGGGUACCGGUACCGAGGUACAGGUUAGUCGAGGUAAUUUGUACAUGUAUGUAAGGGUAAAGUGACUACAUAGAUAAUAGACAGCGGGUAGCAGCAGUGUAAAAACAAAUGGAGGGGGGGUCAAUGUAAAUAGUCCAGGUGGCCAUUUGAUUAAUUGGUCAGCAGUCUUAUGGCUUGGGGGUAGAAGCUGUUAAGGAGCCUUUUGUUCGUAGACUUGGCGUUCCGGGUCUAUGACUUGGGUGACUGGAGUCUUUGACAAUUUUUUGGGCUUUCCUCUGACACCACCUAGUAUAUAGGUCCUGGAUGGCAGGAAGAAUAGUUGUUCUAAUGAGGUUGGUUUAUUACUGUACUGUACUCCCGUUACCUUGUUUAUGCAAUUAGUAUCUUAAAUUAUUAGUUAUCUGUUGCAGUUUCUUGUGGACUGCAUAUUACCUGAUAUAAUUAUAAAUACAUCAUGAAUGACAAUUUACUCAGAGCCACAUAUUUUAGUUAUUAAAAGUGAAGAAUGAUUGACCUACAAUCAAGUCAUUGACUUUUAAUAACUAAAAUAUGUGGCUGUGAGUAAAUUGUCAUUCAUGAUGUAUUUAUAAUUAUAAUCAGGUAAUUUGCAGUUCACAAGAAACUGCAGGUUGAAAUAUAGAAACAUGUUUAUUAAUGACAAAUGUGAAACGUUACACACACACACACACACACACACACACACACACACAGCCCCUAGGGACCCAAAGUAAUGAGUGGGUAUGGCACUGCCUGAUUCUGAGUGAAUGACACAACAGGAUCCAAACAUAUGACAACAUCCAUGCAAACAGGAAAAUAACUCCCAUCUAAAAGUUCUAGGGCUCGAUUCAAUCAGAUUAGUGUUGGUCAACACCCGCGUAGCGGUUGUUUUGGCGGUGCCGGAGGUGGAACUGUGUUAGAGAUGUCAAAUUCACAAGCGGAUCCUUGUGUUACCUUAUCGCCUACUCUGCCAUUGAAUGCAACGAAACCAGCCAACUUUAUAUCCAACAAAUCCCAUCCAGCCACGUUACAAACACUUGAAUGCGUGAUGUUCUAUUGUAGGCUAUAGGCCCUACUCCUGACCAGACUGAUAGGCUUUAAAUCCCCCCAUCCAAAUUAACAUGAAAAUUAUGCAAUAGCCUACACUUUCUAUCGCCAUUUUGAACUUCUAAUGUGGUAGGGAUAAUAAAGACGGGAGUGGUUUGUGACACACAAACAACAUUGGGUUAAUGCUUGAUCUGAUUGAAUCAAGCCCCUAAUUUUAGAAAUAAGAUAAAAAGGUCUAGAGUACAGCAGAGUCUAAUAUGGAAACUAGUGAUGCUUUGCCAUUUCUCAAACCAAUCAGGUUUUCUGCAUGGGUGGAGUUGGCUGGCAGCAGACUGGGCUGUGGGUGAAGCAGGCCAGGUACUGGUGGCAGCAGACUUGGCACUGGAGGAAGUAGGUUGGACAGUAGUGGGAGAAGCCUGGGUGGGGCUGGCAGCAGAGAAAUCCUCAUCAGCAGUGGUGGUGCAGUCAUCCAGAAGACUACCAACUGUGGGGUCCAUUGCAUAGUCCUCAAAAUCAGUCUCCUCCAAGUCAGGGUCCAUGUCCUGCAUGGCUUUCCCAGUCUGCCCGAGCAGGUAGUCCACACCAAUCAGCUCUCCUGAAAAAUGACAAAUACAACAGAAUGCAAAACAAGACAAAAAUUGAUGAAAAUGAUUACUCACAAUAUCUUCAUAUCAAUACACUGACACACAGUUUUGUUUCUGCCGUGUGUUAAUGGAUGUAAUGAUAUUAGUUAAGAAAUGACAGUGUGGAAUGUACUGAGGUUAGAGGCUAUAGCAGAGGAGAGUACUUCAGCAUCAGCAUGCUUCAGUUCGGCUGGCGGGUAGCCGAACCGACCGAGGAUGCUCGAAUACUCCCUUAAAAGACGUUCGCUUGAAAAAGCGGUACUGUUUGUCCAUUUUGAGAUGCCGUAGCCAAUAUACACUUCCUCAAAAUAGUCAGAAUUAAUCUAAGAUAAUUCAAGAAAUAUGUCAUUAAUUUUGACGUUUUUGCAGAGGAGACCUUAGUUGCGCAAUUUUACAUCUAACUAGGAUGUUUGGUGCAGUAUUUCUCAAUGAAAAAAUGAGCUUGAAAACGAGUCGUCUCUUGUUGAAUGACAACAGACUUUACUGAAGAAUCCCUACAGUUGACCAAUCACCGACGAAAGGGCGUAGACUUCGGCUACCGACUUCGGCUUGCCUCAAGAAAAAUGGUGUGCCCAAACAACCGUAAAAACCCUUACCGAAGUCCAAAAUGAAAAAACAAAUGUCACAAAAUGUUGUAGUAAAAUAUGCACAAAGUAUUCAAAUUGUUUCGGCUGGGAAGCAUGCGGACACCUUUAAAGAGGCUCUAGCAGAGCUGUCAGUGCCCUGAGAGACAGCAGUGGUGGUCUUCACAGAGGCUGUAGCAGGGCUGGAGAGGGGCCGGGAGAAAGGGGAAAAUGUAUAAGAUUAUUAUAAAACCUCAUAUGAAAAUUAUUUGAGCGUAAACAGUAUUAAAAACAAAUAUAUGUAAUCAAACAUGCUCUUGACAGGUUAAGCUAUAGCUGGGACAAUAAACUGAGAGUGAUCGACACCGACCAUACCGAUCACUUAUCGCAGGCAUUUGGUUGAAAUCAUUCAUUACGAUAAGUAGCCUAUAUUAGAGAAAUGUGAAGUUUGAAAUGAAAUAAGUUUGCUAAUAUGGGUGAUUGUUAAUGGGACAAUUGAUGGCUACAACCAUUGAACUAGUAGUAAUAGUUUAAAGGGUAGUAAAACAACAACUGUGCUGCAGGUUAAUUUUAUAAACGUAUCGUUCUAUUUAUUGUUAUCGCAUCAAUUCAGGCAAUUUAUCGCGAUAUGGAUUUUUGUCCAUAUCGUCCAGCUCCAGGUUAAGCUACACUGAGUGUAGAAAACAUUAAGAACACCUUCCUAAUAUUGAGUUGCACCCCCUUUUGCCCUCAGAACAGCCUCAAUUCAUCGGGGCAUGGACUGCAAGGUGUCGAAGGUGUUCCACAGGGAUGCUGGCCCAUGUUUCCCACAGUCUUGUCAAGUUGGCUGGAUGGCCUUUGGGUGAUGGACCAUUCUUGAUACACACAGGAAACUAGUCCCGUGUAGCUCAGUUGGUAGAGCAUGGCGUUUGCAACGCCAGGGUUGUGGGUUUGAUUCCCAGUAUGGGGCCAGUAUGAGAAAAAAAAAAAAUGUAUGCACUCACUAACUGUAAGUCGCUCUGGAUAAGAGCGUCUGCUAAUUGACUAAAAUGUAAAAAUGAAACUGUUGAGCAUGAAAAACCCAUCAGCGUUUUAGUUCUUGACAAACUCAAACCAGUGCGCCUGACACCUACUACCAUACCCUGUUCAAAGGCACUUAAAUCUUUUGUCUUGCCCAUUCACCCUCCUGAAUGGCACGCAUACACAAGCCAUGUCUCAAUUGUAUCAAGUCUUAAAAAUCCUUCUUUAACUGGUCUCCUCUCCUUCAUCUACACUGAUUGAAGUGGAUUUAACAAGUGACAUCAAUAAGGGAUCAUAGCUUUCACCUGGUCAGUCUGUGUCAUGGAAAGAGCAGGUGUUCCUAAUGUUUUGUACACUCAGUGUAUAUCAUUUUUACCCGAACAGGCUUCCUAGGCACGUCAUGCUGAAAUUAUAAAGGAAAUACCGAUAAAAAAAAUAAAAAUGAAUACUGACAAUACAGGCAUGUGAGAUUUAAAACAUGACACAAUUGUUUUGAUGAAUGUUAGUUCUAGGUAUUAGUUCUAAAAUGACCACCGUACAGCGGUUCAGGGAUUGGGGCACUUGUAGAUGCUGUGUAUGGGUGGGGGCACUCAGAGGCCAGAGGAAGGGUGGGGGCACUCACAGAGGCUGUAGACAUCUUGGCCGGGCUACAGACAUCUUGUGUCUGUAAAACAACAUGUAGUUACAUUAAGGUUAUGGAAGGUUAUACUGUUGUAAAAACCGAUCAAUACAAACCAAGCAUUUGACAGGUUAGCUUGUAUUUUUUUUACGUAAAAAAGGUUUGGUCUUGCUGCAGACACAUGAGAGCCCCCAAACCUUUGCUUACUGAACUGCAAAAGAGAGAGAAAAACCUAAUGGUCACAAUGAACAGAGGAGGAAACCAAGUCACCUGUCAAAAGGAUUAUCUGAAUCAAUGUUCUGUCAUGGCAGCAGAGCCAUAGUAGUUGUGAAAAAAUAAUAUGACAAAAAAUGUAAUAUUUACCAUUGAUAACAAGUUCAAUGUGGUCCUCAAUGGAGGAGUCUUAACAGCAGAUCCAGACGCUGGCGGCGCUGUAGGUGUUGGCCCAGCAGGUCCACUGGAGAGACCUGCUUAAAAUAUAGGGGGGGACAAUACUAGAGUAUGGUACCUCAUUUCAGUAAAUCAGAAAAGAGAAUACAUGUUGUUUUAGCCUGUAAGCGUUAUUGAAGCAAGUCCCCGCAGCAAUGUUCCAACAUCUAGUGGAAAGCCUUCCCAGAAGAGUGGAGGCUGUUAUAGCAGCAAAGAGGGGACCAACUCCAUAUUAAUGCCCAUGAAUUUGGAAUGAGAUUUUCGACGAGCAGGUGUCCACAUACUUUUGGUCAUGUAGUGUAAUACAGUAUGUUUUCUAGAUGAACACGUCAUAGGCCUAUGCAUGUUUUGCCAUUAACUCUUGUCAUGAUACAUACCUUCUGAAAGAGGUCAUACCACCUUUUCUGCCUUGAAGCUGGCCUGUUGCCCCAUUGGCAGGCCAAAGCCCUGUGGUGGCAAAUGUCCGCAAGCAGGACACCCACUUACUUAUAGGGCUUAUGGGUCUUUUUAGACAUCUGAAACCAACAGGAUGAAUGUAUAACACUACCACAAGAACAAUUAGCAAUACAUGGCAAACCUAAUGUAAACUAGGCUAAUGCAGUCAGCCUAAAAGAAUACACUGUUAUUGGGAAAUUAGUCUGUAUUCAAGCAAGUAGGCUCAUCAUUGCAAAUUUGUCAACAGGCUAUGUAAGCUAGGCUUAGCAGACCAGUUCUUUUACCUAUGAAAACGAAUGCUAGAGUUACUGUACCGUUACCAUGCUAGCUAGCUUGCCAGGCUGCUAAGCUAAACACUUUCACAGGGUGGUGAAAGUGCACUGUGAUCUUGAUGCUCCUUUACAAUAAAUAUUAAAGGUCUUAUUCUGGUGACAUGAUGAUCGAUACUUGACUGCCGUUUGACAAAUAACUAAAAAUCUUGUUCUUAUCCAUAAUAAUCUCAUCAUGUAGACUAGCCUACCCACACUGUAUCUGCGAGCUGUUGGCUGGAGCGCACGUGCUCAGAACAGUCGGCACAUUUUCUAUUUAGCGCAACCAUUUUUGUGACAAAACUAUCGAUAGAUUUGAAAAUGCAUUGGAAACACACUGGAAAGAGUACAUUUUGUGUACACUACGUCGUCACACACUAGUUUCUAUCCGCAACAAGUCCGUUUGGUGGAAACGCCACUGGUGGGAAAAUGCACACAUUUUCUUUAUGCAGAUUUUAGAAUAUUUGCAUGAAAAUCUGUCACCAAUUGGAUGGAACCCUAGCUUCUGACACUCCUGCCCCUUUUGCUUUCCUAACUUCCUGUCUUCGUUCUUCCCCAGCUGUACCAGCAGGGUCGGCUCUGCCAGCUGGGAGGGGAGUUCUGUGAGCUGGAGGUGUUUGCCAAAGUUCUAAGGGCAUCUGACAAAAGGUAAUUUGCACCCCAGUAUCUCUAUUUGCACAUCAUCUUUUGCACAUCUAUCAUUCCAGUGUUAAUACGAAAUUGUAACUAUUUUGUACUAUGGCCUAUUUAUUGCCUUACCUCUAACUUACUACAUUCACACACACUGUAUAUAUAUUUUCUGUUGUAUUUUUGACUUUAUGUUUUGUUUACCCCAUAUGUAACUCUGUGUUGUUGUUUUUAUCGCACUGCUUUGCUUUAUCUUGGCCAGGUCGCAGUUGUAAAUGAGAACUUGUUCUCAACUGGCUUACCUGGUUAAAUAAAAAAUAAAAUCUUGGCUCAUUCUGUAUGGUAAUCUGACUUCAUAAUCAUGUGAAACAAAAGGGAUCUGACAAGAGCCUUGAGCCAACUUUGAAUGUCCUUGUCACACAUUUUGACAGAUAAGCCUUUAUGCUGCUGUUCUCAUGUACGUUUGUAUCACGUCGUCUUUGUGUGCCUGCAGACACCUCCUGCACCACUGCUUCCAGGCCCUGAUGGAUCAUGGGGUGAAAGUGGCUUCUGUCCUGGCCAACUCCUUCAGCCGCCGCUGCUCCUACAUCGCAGAGUCUGAUGCCCAUGUGAAAGAGAAGGCCAUUCAGUUUGGCUUUGUUUUAGGUAGGCACCCGCACCCAUAAACUUUCCUCACCUUUCUUCACCAUUUCUGUCUGGUUGUACUAAUGUUGGCCCUGUCCUGUAGGUGGCUUUCUGUCUGACGCAGGCUGGUAUGGUGAUGCAGAGAAGGUGUUUCUGUCGUGUCUGCAGCUGUGCACACUGCAUGACGAGGUUCUGCACUGGUACCGUGCUGUGGAGUGCUGUGUCAGGUCAGUGGGUCACAGAGAGUUAGUAUAUUCGGCUCCAAUUCUAGUUUUAUGGCUUGAUACUCUGUCUGUAUUUGUCCACAAAAGCUUACCAGACUCACUAAUUUCUCUUAGGUUGCUUCAUGUCAGGAAUGGCAACUGCAAGUACCACCUUGGUGAAGAGACUGUCAAGUUGGCCCAGUUGUACAUGGACAAACUGGCCAAACAUGGUCAUCAGGCCAACAAAGCUGCACUCUAUGGAGAGCUGUGUGCUCUGCUCUUUGCUAAGAGCCACUAUGAUGAGGUAUGUUGCCUGGUAAAGAUAUUUCAGUUGGUUCUGUUAGAUUUGUUUGGUGUUCUGGUUUUUCAUAUAGAUCUCAUGUCUUUUGCAGGCCUACAGGUGGUGCAUCGAGGCAAUGAAAGAGAUCACAGUGGGUUUGCCUGUUAAAGUCGUGGUAGAUGUUCUAAGGCAGGCCUCCAAGGUACGAGUGUUCCCUUUUCCUGUGUUAUAGACAUGUCUAUGAAUGUAUAAACAAAUACUUUUUGAGAUGUCCCCAUACUGUUCCCCCUAUUGUCACAUGAGUCACUGUAGGACUGUGUUAGUCAUAGAUGCUGCUUCGGACUGUAGUUAGUAGGGAUGUAACGAUUCACCGAUACGCAUUGGUCCCAGAUACAAGUGCAUUGGUCCCAGAUACAAGUGCAUACAUCUGGGGACCCCAAACCAAUCCAAAUGUAGCAUACAUUGGUCAGAAAAUCAAUUCAAACGUUAGAAGUGUUUUUUUUGCUGGUUCACUAACAUUUAUUACAUUAAUUCUACCUUCAGAAAAAUACAGUGCUUUCAGAAAGUAUCCACAUCCCUUGACUUUUUCCACAUUUUGUUGUUACAAACUGAAUUUAAAAUUGAUUAAAUAUAGAUUUUUUGUCACUGGCAUACACACGAUACCCCAUAAUGUCAAAGUGGAAUUAUGUUUUGAGACAUUUUUACGAAUUAAUUAAUAAUGAAUAGCUGAAAUGUCUUGAGUCAAUAAGUAUUCAACCCCUUUCUUAUGGCAAGCCAAAGUAAGUUCAGGAGUACAUUUUUCAUUAAAAAGUCACAUAAUAGGUUUCAUGAACUCACUUUGUGUGCAAUAAUUGUGUUUAACAUGGUUUUUGAAUGACUACCUCAUCUCUGUACCCCACACAUACAAUUAUCUGUAAGGUCCCUCAGUCGAGCAGUGCAUUUCAAACACAUUCAACCACAAAGACCAGGGAGGUUUUCCAAUGCCUCUCAAAGAACGGCACCUAUUGGUAGAAGUGUAAAAAAAUAAAUAAAAGCAGACAUUGACUAUCCCUUUGAGCAUGGUGAAAUUAUUCAUUACACUUUGGAUGGUGUAUCAAUACACCCAGUCACUACAAAGAUACAGGUGUCCUUCCUAACUCAGUUGCCAGAUAGGAAGAAAACCGCUUAGGGAUUUCACCAUUAGGCCAAUGGUGACUUUAAAACAGUUACAGAAUUGAAUGGUUGUGAUAGGAGAACUGAGGAUGGAUCAACAACAUUGUAGUUACUCCACAAUACUAACCUAAAUGACAGAGUGAAAAGAAGGAAGUCUGUACAGAAUAAAAAAUAUUCCAAAACAUGCAUCCUGUUUGCAACAAGGCACUAAAGUAAUACUGCAAAUGUGCACAAAUUUGUCCUGAAUACAAAGUAUUAUGUUUUUUGGGCAAAUCCAAUACAACACAUUACUGAGUACCGCUCUCCAUAUUUUCAAGCAUAGUGGUGGCUGCAUCAUGUUAUGGGUAUGCUUAUCGUUAAGGACUAGGGAGGUUUCCAGGAUAAAAAAGAAACAGACUGGAGCUAAACACAGGCAAAAUCCUAGAGGAAAACCUGGUUCAGUCUGCUUUCCACCAGACACUGGGAGAUUAAUUCACCUUUCAGCAGGACAAUAACCUAAAACGCAAGGCCAAAUCUACAAUGGAGUUAGUUAUCAAGAAGAAAAUUAAUAUUCCGGAGUGGCCAAGUUAUAGUUUUGAUUUAAAUCUACUUGAAAAUGGUUGUCUAGCAAUGAUCAACAACCAAUUUGACGGAGCUUGAGAAAUUUUGAAAGUAAUAAUGGGCAAAUGUUGCACAAUCCAUGUUUGGAAAGCUCCUUAGAGACUUACCCAGAAAGACUUGCAGCUGUAAUCACUGAUAAAGGUGCUUCUCCAAAGUAUUAACUCGGGCGUGAAUACUUAUGUAAAUGAGAUAUUUCUGUAUUUCAUUUUCAAUAAAUUUGCAAAGAUUUCUAGAAACAUAUUUUCACUUUGUCAUUAUGGGGUAUUGUGUGUAGAUGGGUGAGAAUAUAUUUCAUCCAUUUUGAAUUCAGGCUGUAACACAACAAAGUGGAAUAAGUCAAGUGUUAUGAAUUCUUUCUAAAAGGCACUGUACCUACAUAUUUUGUGGCAACCGAUGCGUCCUCUCCUUCAGUGUCGAAAUGCAUGUAACUGUGUUGACAGUCAUUGAUCUGUAAGUCAUUUUGCAUGCAGAACAACCCCAGGCAAUAUCAGUAGCCUAGUCAAACUGCGCACUGUGCCCAGCUUGGCGUGCUGACCAACGCGAGGUAGGCGACCUGAUCUUGCACAUCUGCGCAGCACCUUCAGCAUUCAAAUGCUAAAAUGGCUUGCGUGAUAUUAGGUUUUAAUCUACACACAUUACCCCAUAAUGACAAAGCCAAAACAGGUUUUUAAAAAUGUUUGCAAAUGUAUUAAAGAAAAAGAAAAAAACGGUACCUUAUUUACAUAAGUAUUCAGACCCUUAACUGUGAGACUUGAAAUUGAGCUGAAGUGCAUCCUGUUUACAUUGAUCACCCUGGAGAUGUUUCUACAACUUGAUUGGAGUCCACCUUUGGUCAAUUCUAUUGAUUGGACAUGAUUUGGAAAGGCACACACCUGUCUAUAUAAGGUCCCACAGUUGACAGUGCAUGUCAGAGCAAAAACCAAACCAUGAGGUCGACGGAAUUGUCUGUAGAGCUCAAAGACAGGUUUGUGUCGAGGCACAGAUCUGGGGAAGGGUACCAAAAAAUGUCUGCAGCAUUGAAGAUCCCCAAGAACACAAUGGCCUCCAUCAUUCUUAAAUUGAAGAAGUUUGGAACCACCAAGACUCUUCCUAGAGCUGGCCGCCCGGCCAAACUGAGCAAUUGGGGGAGAAGGGCCUUGGUCAGGGAGGUGACCAAGAACCUGAUGGUCAGAGCUCCAGAGUUCCUCUGUGGAGAUGGGAGAACCUUUCCAGAAAGACAACCAUAUCUGCGGCACUCCACCAAUCAGGCCUUUAUGGUAGAGUGGCCAGACAGAAGCCACUCCUCAGUAAAAGGCACAUGACAGCCCACUUGGAGUUAGCCAAAAGGCACCUAAAUGACUUUGACCAUGAGAAACAAGAUUCUCUGGUCUGAUGAAACCAAGAUUGAACUCUUUGGCCUGAAUCCCAAGCGUCACUUCUGGAGGAAACCAGGCACCGCUCAUCACCUGGCCAAUACCAUCUCUAAUUAAACCGAAUCGCACCCAAUCAUUUCAAACUAUAAUGUAUCGUAUUGGAGCCCAUGUACAGCAUCUAGAUACGUAUUGAAUCGUCUUUAAAGGGAAAUAUGCACAUCCCUAGUUGGCACUUAGUGUGGUUUCAUGCCUUUAUGUGUUUGGACCAACAGGCCUGUGUGGUAAAGAGGGAGUUCAGGAAGGCAGAGCAGCUGAUAAAGCAUGCUGUUUUCCUGGCACGGUAAGUUAGGUUCACCACACUUUUUGUUUGUGUGUUGUAGUCCAUGUCUCUGUCUCCUUCAGUAAUGUCUGUUUCCUUAUUGUUUCUGCAGUGAACAUUUUGGACACAAGCAUCCCAAAUAUUCAGACACUCUCCUUGAUUAUGGGUUUUAUUUGCUGAAUGUGGAUAACAUCUGCCAAUCAGUUGCAAUAUACCAGGUAGGUGAGAGAGUUAGUCUGAGAUGUAGAUAGACAGCAGAGGGGAGGUGUAUCAGAUGUAUGAUAUUGAAACUCUGUUAAUAUUCCAGACGGCUCUAGAUAUCCGGCAGUCGGUUUUCGGGGGAAAGAAUAUCCAUGUGGCAACAGCACAUGAGGACCUGGCAUACUCCUCAUAUGUCCAUCUGUACAGCUCUGGCAAAUUUGACAACGCACUGUGAGUAACGUUUUGUCACCCCUAACGAUCUCUUAUGACCUUAAAAAUAAACUCUAAGGCAGUGGUUCCCAACCAGGGGUACUAGGACCCCUGGGGGUACUUGGCCUAUACACAGGGGGUACUUGAGAAGACUCAUGAGACCAUAGGCUUACUGGUAAAAUGCACAUGAGGGGGUACUCCAGGCAGAGCAACAUUUUGUUGGUGGUACAGUAACCGAAAAAGGUUGGGAACCACUGCUGUAAGGUACGUGGUUUCCAUUCAUGUUAUGUUUGUGCUUUUAGUCUCACUUGUGUUUUGACCUCUGAAGUUCAUGCAGGCCACUUGCAGUGUCCCUUCCAAAAGUGAUGUUCCUGCCUUAUUUUCUUUCCUAGGAAAUGUUUGUGCUUUAGCUACUGAUGUAACUGUGUCACUGAGUUAAAUAUGUUUCUCUGCUGUGCCCCCUGGGUAUGUUGUGUACAGAUUCCACGCAGAGAGGGCCAUAGACAUAAUCACUCACAUUCUCCCGGAGGAUCAUCUGCUGCUGGCCUCCUCCAAAAGAGUCAAGGGUAAAACGGCUUUCACAACUAUCUGUUUACUCCUGUCCCAAGGUGUCCAUGAUGGGCACAAUGAUGUCUGUGAUUCUCAACGAUAUCAAACAUUUUCCACUGCUGCCAAGUCAAUUACUGUAGAGGAGUUGUUUUAUCUUGGAGGUGAAUAGAGGUCUGUGUUAUUUGGAUUAGAUCAGUUGAUACCUUUUCAUCUUUCAUUUCCUAACUAACUUGAUGUUCAGGUGUACGUCUAUGACUCUCUGUACUUCUUCUGACUAUUCUGUGCUGCUCCCUCAGCUCUGAUCCUGGAGGAGAUUGCUAUUGACUGCCACAACAAGGAAACAGAGGAGAGGCUGCUCCAGGAUGCCCAUGACCUCCACCUCUCCUCCCUCCAGCUGGCCAAGAAAGCCUUCGGGGAGUUUAAUGUUCAGACAGCGAAACACUAUGGCAACCUGGGCCGCCUCUACCAAUCCAUGAGGAAGUUCAAGGUCAGAAUCAGAUCAUCCCUCCCUUCCAACCCCUGAGACAAGUGUCUGUAGAAAGCAUGCAGAGGGUGACCUGUGACACACUUUCAUCAUAAACUGCCAUCCAAAUGUUCUCCACAGUGUUUACGAACCCUGUGACACACUUUUGGAGCAGGAAUUGAAUCUGCUCUCUAAGGAGGCUUAAAUGUCACAGAGGCUCUGGGGUUUAAUGGUAGCUGAAAAGCCUUAUACAGACCCCAAGGCUGUGGAUGACAGGGAGGUCUCACCUGUUUUUGUUUUUCAGGAGGCAGAGGAGAUGCACAUCAAGGCCAUCCAGAUCAAGGAGCAGCUUCUGGGUCAGGAGGACUAUGAGGUGGCUCUGUCUGUGGGCCACCUGGCCUCUCUCUACAACUACGACAUGAACCAGUAUGAAGAUGCUGAGAGGCUCUACCUGCGCUCCAUCGCUAUCGGUCAGUCACUAGGCUAGAUGGGGUCUAUUUUACCAUUGUACUCUUCUUUUGUAAUCUAUUCUUCCUCAUCCUCCUAUUCUAUAUUCUUACCAGUGUGUGUUUUCCCCCUGCAGGUAAGAAGCUGUUUGGCGAGGGCUACAGUGGACUGGAAUACGACUACAGGGGCCUAAUUAAACUGUACAACUCUGUCGGGAACUAUGAGAAAGUCUUUGAGUACCACAAUAUUUUAUCCAAUUGGAACCGGCUGAGGGACCGGCAGUUUGCUGUGGCUGAUGCCCUGGAGGACGUCAACACCAGCCCCCAGGCCACAGAGGAGGUGGUGCAGUCCUUCCUACUGUCACAGAACCAUGGGGCCGGCCCACCUGCUUAG